AUGAUGUGGAUCAAGCUCGCCAUGUCCCGAAACGUGGAGAGUAUGUCGCUGGAAUUCGGUUAUCAUGGUGACCAUAAGUAUCAUGUUCCUGAAUUCUUCUACAUCAAUAACUCUGUGAAGCAACUCAGUGUUCAGUUAAGGUUUUAUGGUUUGACGAUUCCCAGUUGUUCCGUGUCUUGGACAUCUCUGAAGAUGCUGUCCUUGCGUUGUUGCACGCUCUCUGACGAGGACAUUGAUAAGAUUCUAUCUGGCUGUCCGAUUCUUGAGAGCUUAAAGCUGUAUUUCUGCGAUAACUUAGGGAAAUCACAGCGUCUGAGAACAUUAGAAAUCGACCGCAACAUUUGGGUUCCGGUCCGACGCAGAUUGUUGCGCCGCAAAUCCAUAGCCUCAGAUUGCGCAACUCUCAGUUACCAUAUGCUAGACAAGUUGCAAAAUGUAGAUAAGCUUACUUUCGGGGCAAACUUUCUUGAGAUUUUAUCUAUUGCCGAACUCCGUGGUGUUCCUCUUCCGAGCUUCAAGGAGACAUAUAUCGACGACUACUUGAAUUCGCGAGGCUUGAAUCCGGAUCAAUGCUGGAGCUGGGAAGCUAGGGCAUUCGAGAAAGUUUACCGUUGGAAUGUAGAGUCGAAGCACGUGGCUUCGUUCAUGGAGCUCAUGCUUAAAAGCACAAAGACAUUAGAGAAGAUGGUCGUAAGGUUGAAAGGUUAUCUUGAAAGAAGACGUUUUGAAGAAUUACUUGAGAUGGUUCCAAUGCUCUCUCACAACAACAACAAUGUCUCCAUUGUGCUUAGCAGCUGA